AUGCAAGGCGAUUCGUCAUGGAGUUACGAGAACGUGCUGCCCUAUUUCAAACGGCUCGAACGCGUUACUUUCCCUCUCGACGAAGGGAAUCGAAAAUACAGAGGGACUUCGGGUCCAGUUCCAGUUUCGUUUAAAGAGCCGCCGCUCGAUCCUGCCGUGUCUGCGUUCCUGGCUGCCGGUGCGGCCCUCGGUUUCGCGCCUCAGCAAGAUUAUAACAGCGCUGAACUCGAGGGCGUUUCCCCUUUUCAGUACAACACAGAGUUCGGGAGACGCGUUACCUCCUUUCAGAGCUACUUGUACACUGGCGAGCACGACAAAAAGAGCCGCUUACACGCCCUGUUCGGCGUUCGGGCGACGAAAAUUCUUUUUGACGAAAAGAAACGCGUCGUUGGCGUGAACGUGGUGAAAGAAGCAGAGUGCUCGGAGGAAGCUUGGGGAACGUGCGACGUGAGAACGAUUCAGGUCAAUGAAGAAGUGAUUCUUGCCGCCGGAGCAGUACAGACGCCACAACUUCUCGAAUUGUCAGGGAUAGGUGCUGCGUCACGGCUCGAGGCCUUGGGCAUCGAUGUGACUGCGAAUUUACCAGCAGUCGGGGAGAAUCUCCAAGACCACUUUUACACGCCCCGUCUGUACACUCUCAAGAAACAUUUGCCGGCAGAGUUUUUUCACUCCCUUGUCGUGAGUAAGCCGUGGACGGAGCUGCGCCGAGAGGACAAGUCCAAACAGAAGAGAGAGGAAAAUUCGCGAGAAAGGGGAGCUUCCGUGAAAUCCAUGGGAAUCAACAAAGAGACUCGAGCGCGAGAAACUUCUUCCCAGUCUUCUUUUGCCUCCCGCCCCUCUGCCUCAAAUGCGCCAUCUGCGUCCUCUUCCGCGUUCGCGUCUUCCUCUCCCGCUUCCGCCUCCCCCUCCGGCUCCUCUGCUGCUGCUUCUUCCAUUGUGAUAGAACGUCUUGGAGAGGGAGCAGGAGAGAGGGAAACGGCUGUGGAGGUGACUCUUGAAAGUGCAAAUCGGGAACGAGGCACGCGCUUCGGUGCCAUUCUCGAUUUCCUCUUGUUCGGAAAAGGAGUCCUCACCACAUCAGGUGCAGAUGCUCAUUUGGUAACAGGACAACUCGUGACGGAGACCGAGGAAGAACUCGAGAAAGAAGCAGACUUGGAGUCUCUGUUUCCUUCCUCGUGUCCCCGAAACCUGAAGCUUCCCGACAUACAAAUCCACUUCUUCAAUGCCUUGCCAGAAAGCGGCGCGCUUUCACAGUUCAUGAACUUGCCGUCUGCGCUCAGUCGCCUCGUCGGCAGCCCUCUCGACUGGGAUGAAGCGUUCGAGCCUGGUGAAGAAGGUGGCGAAGUGCGACAGAGCCCGAACGAGAUGGAGGGAGGCCACCGCGAAGAAACACACGCGAAAACUGCCAGGCAAACGCACAAGUUUCCCACCCCUCAUGGAGCGAUUAUGCUGCCCGUCCUUCUUCACCCAAGAAGCAGGGGAUUCGUGCAUGCAAAGUCCAAAAACCCUUUCCAGCCUCCCAUCAUCGACCCUCUCUACAUGCAAAACAAACGCGAUCUUCGAGCACUUGUCGAGGGCCUCAAAAUCAUCGACCGCCUCGUCGCCGAACCACCUCUCAGAGAUUUGAUUAAAAAAGAAUUGCUUCCGUCUUGCGACUUCCACAUGCCUCACCCUCCCAAGAGUGACUCGACGCUUGAACCAAACGCCCCCCGUUCUUCGUCUUCUGUUUGUUCUGCUUCUUGUUCUUGUUCUUCAGCGGUUUUCCAGUCUCCGUCGGUGUCACUGGCACUUGCGUCGGGAGAAGAGCCCUCUGCUUCGUGCUCGGUUGGGGCGUUUCGUGAGGCUGCGCCUGCUGGCGAGUCUGCUUCUGCUCCCUUGUUCUCGACUCCCGGCAGGACUCAGACGACGACGGCGUUUCCAGUGAACACAUUCUCCCACUCUGCUGAGCACGUGGAGUUUUGUGACUUCGUGGAGGAGUAUCGGCAGGGGAAAAGAAGCUACGAGUCGAUUCUAGAGAAACUGGUGAGGUAUUUCACCCUCACGCUCUACCACCCAGUGGGGACAGCACGAAUGGGUCGCGGUCGCGGAGACAGAGGUGGAGGGAAAGCAGAGAAGAGCAGAGCGGAACAACAGGAGAAAGGGCGCGUGCAAGAAGUCGGAGGGGAGAGAGAGACACAAACGCGGUCCGACAGAGGCUUUGUCAGAAACGGCGAGCAGAAAAGACACCCAGAAGAACGAGGAAAAGAACACGCACAGGACGGGGGAGAAAGCCAGACAUCCGGAGCGCAGGAGACAGAAACGCAGAAAAGAAAAGGAAAAGAAGAGAUAUGGGCGGCCGAUGCCGUGGUUGAUUCUCGGCUUCGCGUCUGCGGCGGAGCCUGUGUCUCCGGUCUGAGAAUUGCCGACGCUUCCGUCAUGCCGCAUCUGCCUUCGGGGAACACACAAGCAGCCGUCAUGAUGAUUGCUGAGAAGGCUGCGGACUUCAUUCUCGAAGAGAGACAGAUGCGACGACGAAAUGCGCCCAGAGACCUCCAGGCCAAUGCCGAAGACAGACGGUAAAAAGUGGGUUCACUUCAUGUUUUGUGUGAGAAACACACGCGGGCAAGGUGGAGGAACGCGCUGGUCGCGAACGAACGUCAAAAAAAUAGAGAGGAGAGACAACCAAAGGAGGUUUGGUGCAAGUUUCUCGCGAACGUCAUGAAGUGGGACAGACAAGUUCUGCAACGCAUACACGGAGAAACGAGUCCUGAAGUGAAACGAAAAACUCGAGAUGCUUGCAUCUGAGAAUGGGAGAAGCGACAGAUGCCGGUCUACUCUGAGACUGCAGCUCGAGUCGUUCUCUUUUGUCUCGUUUUCUGAAUAAGAAGUUCUCUUGAUUCUCCUGUCAGGUUUUUGGCGGUGGAUGCAUGCAAUGUGCCUGCCGGCCAACUUUGUUCGUUUGUUCAUUCGAUUCCGUUGGCAGUUCCUUGUGAAACGCACCACUCGGAUUCUUUUACAGGGAGACACAGACGAGGGGAAGACACCAUCGGGAAGCGGCAAAAGGGAAAUGCCGGCCGAGCACCGAGAGAAGCGUCUCUCACGAUGUGGUGGGGAAAACGAGUUUCGAGUUUUGCGUUAGGACGCAUGCAAACUACCGAGAGAAAUAAGUCAACAGAACGGUUCAACCAGA